GAGAGAAGAGAGAGAGAAGAGAGAGAGAGAGAGAGGAGUGGGAGACCCGCGAGAGGCUGCCGUGUAGGGACCGUAGACUCAGCGACUGCGAAGGAGGGAUAAGGGGAUGGCCGGGAUCGGACCGAUCAGGCAGGACUGGGAGCCGGUCGUUGUGCGGAAGAAGGCACCCACCGCCGCCGCCAAGAAGGAUGAGAAGGCCGUCAACGCCGCGCGCCGCGCCGGUGCGGAGAUCGAUACCAUGAAGAAGUACAACGCUGGUACGAACAAGGCGGCAUCCAGCGGUACAUCCCUCAACACCAAGCGCCUCGACGACGACACCGAAAACCUCGCCCAUGAGCGAGUUCCAAGUGAUCUGAAGAAGAAUCUCAUGCAAGCAAGGCUCGAUAAGAAGCUGACACAGGCACAACUUGCUCAGAUGAUAAAUGAGAAGCCACAGGUGAUUCAGGAGUAUGAAUCAGGCAAGGCAAUCCCCAACCAGCAGAUCAUUAGCAAGCUCGAGAGGGCCCUGGGAACCAAGUUGCGUGGCAAGAAAUAGCUUUCCUACGAGUUUGUGUCCCGGAGCAUCAUAAUAGGGGGAAGACAAGGCAAGCUGUCUGCUUAUUUGUCUAUGUUUGGUAUCUCAAGUCCUGCGGACUGUUUCUGUUGGCACAAGAGGGAAUAAAUGUGUUCACGGACCUGUAAUGCUUGCUCCUUGUCAUAUGACCUUGCUCUAAACAUUUGUGAUGAAGCUGUCAAGGUAAUAUAUUUUCUCUAAAUAUUUAGCCU